CAACACUUGUACCCAGCUACCGGGUUUUACCUACCCAAGCCUCAAGCCAGGCGGCAUGGAACUCCACAUUGCAGUGCUGCACCCUGGAGGGAGGUCCAUUGGCACCGGGCCGCCACGGCCUAAUUACUGGCAAGGUCUUGACCAGCUGCUCUCCCAUCGGGCUGCGAAUGCACAAGAUGAAUGUCCAGCUCUUGGUUCCCUGGGCCUGGCUCCAGCCGACCACCCACUACUCCACAUCCUUGCUCAAGACUGGGAGAGGCGAAUGGCGCUGCCAUACAUGAAGCAGGAAGAGAUUGCACAACAUGACCAGCACUGGACAUGGACAUGGACGAACUGUUCAUUGGCACACUACCCUGUCUUACAGAGACAAUUAACUACCCACUCUAUUUUGUGUCUCAUGUGGUCAUACUCACAAGCUCUCAUAUGCAUGCUCUUGCUGUGUUUGUUAAAUUUAUGUUCAGCUGGUUAG